UUUCGUCGCCGUGGGGCGACGUUUUAAAACGCACCGGCCCGAGCGCCCCCGCCAGGCCAACACCUGUCCUCCCCUACCACCCAUCUCGCCGUCGCGGCCAACGACCGCCUUCCACCUCGCCCACCUCCGAUCUCUAUCCCUCUGUCCCUCUCUCUCUCUCUCUGCGCGCGCGCCAAUCGCUCCUUGUAGCGGCAGCGGCAGCGGAUCCGCUCUUGCUAAAAUUGGCACUGCCAGCCAUACUUAAUCCAGCCCGGCCGCGCCGUCCGACCGGCUGAUUAAAGCAGCUCGAGCUCGCUCGCCCGCCCGCCCGCUGCUCCCCAUCACGAGUACCGCGGCCGCUGUCUGGCUGGCUGGAGCUCGCACACCUGUGAGGCUCUGACUCGCGGCGCUUUUCGAUUCGCCUCGGCUGAUUGGCGGGAUCGGGCAUGGAUUUUCCGGGAGGGAGCGGGCGGCCGCACCAGCAUCAGCAGCACCACCACCAGCCGCUGCCGCUGACGCGCCAGGGGUCGUCGGUCUACUCGCUCACGUUCGACGAGUUCCAGAGCGCGCUCGGCGGGCCGGGCAAGGACUUCGGGUCCAUGAACAUGGACGAGCUCCUCCGCAACAUCUGGACGGCCGAGGAGUCGCAGGCCAUCGGCGCCGGCCCCAACGCCGCGGCCUCCUCCUCCGCCGCGGCGGGGCAGGACCACGGCGGCAUCCAGCGCCAGGGCUCGCUCACGCUGCCCCGGACGCUCAGCCAGAAGACCGUCGACGAGGUCUGGCGCGACAUGAUGUUCUUCGGAGGACCCUCCGCCGCCGCCGAGGCUCCCCCGCCGGCCCAGAGGCAGCAGACGCUCGGGGAGGUCACUCUCGAGGAGUUCCUCGUGCGCGCCGGCGUCGUGCGCGAGGACAUGCCGGGGCCGCCGCCGCCCGUCUCGCCGGCCCCCGUGGCCCAGGCGCCGCCUCCGCAGCCACAGAUGCUGUUCCCUCAGAGCAACAUGUUUGCUCCGAUGGUGAAUCCUCUGUCCUUGGCCAAUGGGUUGAUGACCGGAGCAUACGGCCAGGGAGGAGGAGGUGGUGGUGGUGGUGCGGCCGCUAUGGUUUCGCCGUCGCCGACGGGGAGGCCGGUCAUGUCCAACGGCUACGGCAAGAUGGAAGGCCUCAACUUGUCCUCGCUGUCGCCACCACCGAUGCCGUAUGUUUUUAGCGGCGGGCUGAGGGGGAGGAAGCCACCGGCCAUGGAGAAAGUGGUCGAGAGGAGGCAGCGGCGGAUGAUCAAGAACCGGGAGUCUGCGGCGAGGUCGCGCCAGAGGAAACAGAGUUAUAUGAUGGAAUUGGAGACUGAGGUGGCAAAACUUAAAGAGCGGAAUGAGGAGUUGCAGAGAAAACAGGCGGAGAUGCUAGAGAGGCAAAAGAAUGAGGUAUUCGAGAAGGUUACCCGGCAAGCUGGACCGACGUCGAAGAGGAUCUGCCUGCGGAGGACGCUGACGGGCCCUUGGUAAGCCGAAGGCCUGUAAACUAGAGCGCACUACUUUCGACGCCGCGCGGUUUAUAUACAUACAGUAGAUGAAUUUCAGAAUCGCCAGGAGUUGCGCUUGUAGAGCAGCCACUGAUCCGAUGCUUCAGAGCUCAGGCUCCUAGGCCGAUAGACUGCCGGCGAUCUUCACUUCAUAGGUUUUUAGCCGUCCGCGUGCCGUUCCGUGUGAGUAGAGAGCAUUUGUAUGUAAAAAUCUACUUAACCAUGUGUUGGUGUGAUGCUGCAUUAGAACUACAUUUCUAUUUUUUUACUGUUUCGAGGACUCAUUACACAACCAUGUUAGAAAUGAGUUUGUACUCUUCAUAAACCGAUGCCUGGUCGGCUUGUAAAGCAGAACUAUUUGCGCAUCUGUAGAUGAUUUUCUUCCAUUGUGCGCAUCUUCAGAGUGAACUGAACUGAGCUACUUUGCAGAGUAAAGGAGAUGCGCAUCAGACAUAGCAAAGCUUCUUGUAUCUGGUAAGCACAAACCCAACUAGUCUGUACGUACCAAUCUUGGAUUCGAGUACUCGGUAUCAGCGGCUGCUGUAGGCUGUGUGUUUCUGGCCCCGUUGCCACAGCAUCAUGUCAAUGGAGCCAUGUAUGUAAGCUCUGUACUGUAUGCAUAAACCAUGGCACUUGGUCAUGUGGAACCAGAACCAAAACGUCUCUAUAUUACGAAACCUUCCGGAUCAA